AUGGCGAAUACAGUGGCCGGUUUAUCUCCGGUUUGGGCUCCGAUUUCUUCUCCGAUAAGAACUAAUCGGAAUCCAGUCAGUUUCUACAAGCCUCGUCUUCCUCUCUCGUACAAGCAAAACCCUAUAUCGACUCUUCAUAGGUCGAGAACUGCUCGUGUUAAAGAGGUAGCACCCAAGCAAAGGAAUUGGUUAUUCUCUGUUUUUGGGUCUCUCACCGAUGGUUCUGGGUUAAACCCAGAAGAAGAAGAAUCAAAGGAUUCCUCAGAGGAACAGGUUGCUUCAAUAGAUAUUAAGCUACCGAGAAGAAGUUUGCUUGUGGAGUUUAGUUGCAAUUCAUGUGGAGAAAGAACAAAGCGGCUUAUCAAUCGGUUGGCAUAUGAACGUGGUCUUGUCUUUGUUCAGUGUGGAGGAUGUCUUCGGCAUCACAAACUGGUUGACAAUCUUGGUCUCAUUGUUGAGUACGACUUCCGAGAAACCUCCAAGGAUUUGGGUACUGAUCAAAUAUGUUCUUUUAAGCAUGAUUAG